GAGAGAACGACGCUGUGUUCAAGCGACGGGACGAUCACCAGACCGACUGUCUUCAUCUUCUGACAGGCAACUGUUCACAGCUCCAAACGUUUCAUUUCUCCUGUGGUUAUCUGAGACACCCCACACAUCGAAGCAAUCAUGCCUCUCCCAGCUACCCACGAGAUUCACAUUUAUGGCUCCUUCAAUGGUGUUGAGUUUGACAUGGUGGGCCGUGGCACCGGCAACCCAAAAGAUGGUUCUGAGGAGCUACACAUGAAGUCCACCAAGGGUCCCCUUCCGUUCUCUGCCCAAAUCCUCAUCCCUCACGUCGGGUACGGUUACCACCAGUACCUGCCUUAUCCUGACGGGAUGUCGCCUUUCCAGGCCGCCAUGCAGGACGGUUCGGGGUACCAAGUCACCCGCAUAAUGCAGUUUGAAGACGGUGCCAAUGUAACUGGCCACUACCGCUACACCUACGAGGGAAGCCAUAUCAAAGGAGAUAUGCAGGUGAUCGGGACUGGAUUCCCUGCUGAUGGCCCAGUGAUGACCAAGUCGCUCACGGCUGUGGACUGGUGCGUGGCCAAGAAUGUGCACCCUGACAACAAGACCAUCAAGGCCACCUUUGACUGGACACUCACCACUACCAGUGGGAAACGCUACCAGGCCUCGGCGAGGACCAACUACACCUUCGCCAAGCCGAUGGCCGCCAAUUUCCUGCAGCAGGAGCCGAUGUUCGUGUUUCGUAAGACGGCGAUCCAGGGUAAUGCAGAUGACACCGAAUUCGCCUUCAAGGAGGAACAGAAGGCCUUCGCCGAUUUGAUGUAAUUGUAAUUUGUAAGUGUCCAGUGUGUAACAUUUGCUUGACAGCACCC